GGGGACAUCGCGGCCUUCGAGCGAUACCUCGACAGCGGCCACUCCGUCCUGGCGCGCGGGCCCGGCGGGACGGUGGGCCUGGCGUCCCCCGCCGUGGGGUUCGUGUACGGCGGCGACGCCUUCGACCGCGGGCCGGGGGACCUGCGCCUUGCCCGCACGCUGGUGGACCUGAACGGCGGCAUCCUGACAGGGUGGCGCUGCUCAUGGGCAACCGCGACAUGAACAAGCUGCGGCUCUCCGCUGAACUGGAUGUCGACCACAUCGCCAGCAGCAGCCCACAAGACGCCUUCCAACCGUUCUGGGACCCGCGGGCGCCCACACUGUCCGAGUACCUCGACGUCCACGGGGCAGAAGACACGCAGGAGAACCGCCUGCGCUGGAUGCUCUCCCACACGCUCGGCUCCGCGGGCGCCUUCGAGCACCGCCGCAAGGAGCUCAUGGCCCUCGCGGCUGCCGGCGCCACAGCCCCUGUUUCGGACCAGGAGGUGGUGCGCAGCUUCGUGGCUGCCGCGACCGACGCGAGUGGCGAGGUCGCUUCCUACCUUGAGGCAGCGCAGCUCGCUGUCGUCUUCGGCGACACCCUCUUCGUGCACGGGGCAGCGGAGGAGCGUGCCCUUGGCUUCGUGCCCAGCCCCAGGCUGCAGUACAAGCGGCACACUGAGGCAGAAUUGUUGGCGAUGCCCGGCGCCCAGCGAGGCCUGGCGCUGGACGAGUGGGUGGAUGCUCUCAAUGAGUUCGCCGCCGAGGCCAUCGAAGACUGGCGAGCUUCCCCCCGCUGGCGCGCGGACGGCACUCGCGGCGGCGAGGCACUAAUGGCCUACCAGAGCAGGCCGGCGUCCGCGGGCAUGACAGUGGUGGUGACCUGCUACGUGGACGGCAAGAACAUGCCCGAGCGCAGGGCCAUUGAGGACGACAUCAAGGAAGGGCUGGCGAAGUGCUCCGACCCGGCCAGCCCAGGCGCGGUGCGCUACCUGCGGGCCGGCGGUGUCCGCCGCGUCGUGGUGGGCCACAAGCCCAGCGGCGAGGCGCCCGCGGUGCUGCGCCUGCCCGGGGAGGACGCCCUCGGCUUCGAGGUGGUCUCCGCGGACACCAACUACGCCAGCGCCAGCGCGCCCGACGGCAGGGGCGGUGCGUGGUGCGAGGUGCGGGUUCGGCGGCGGCCAGGUGGAAGCCAGUGCCGGCUCCGCGGGGCCCUGGCGGACGGCCGCGGGGCCUACGACUUCGCGAUGCCGCCCGUGCUUGCGGGGCCUGGCUGCGAAGUGGAGGGCGCGGAGCCGGGCGACCUACUGGUGGGCUCGAGGACGCCCGACGGCUGGUGGGUCCGCGUGCGGCUGCGGGAGCCCGAGGGAUCGCCUGCAGGGGAGGCGCGCUACCUGGUGUCGAGGGGCUCCGGCCGCAGCGAGGCCUCGCGCGUCGUGGGCGCCUGCGAGCUUUGGCAGGAGAUCUCCGCGGGCCGCGCGAGCUGUGGAGCUGGCGCGGGCGAGCUCGGCAAGAAAGCGCGGGGAGGAUCAACGCUCGAAGAUCUCGACUCCAAGGUGCUGCUCUGCACUGUUGGCCUGGUCGGAGCCGCUUGUUAG